UUCUAGCAGUAGUGCCACUGGAAAUUCCUGCUUUCGGACAUUUGUAUACCACAAAUACAGACGCAUACCAACGCACACGAACAACGCUCUCUUUUGACAAUACAGACAAACUCACAUAACUGCCCCAAUCGCACAGUGUCGUGAAAGUGAACGAUUUUUAUUUGUAAGCGUAAGCAUACAUAUACACAGGCAGAUAAUUAGAGACAGACAAGUAUUGCCCGAUUUAUAGUUUGGUGUCUUUGGUCUUGUACCAUGACAUGUCUUCGAAAUGUCGUCAUAUAUGUAUAUUCCUUUGUUGUGACAGUACAAAUAUAUUUACUCUGCAUUUGUUUUUGAAUCGAUAUUGUUUUGUGAGAAUAUCAAAAAUGGAUGAGCAUGAAAAAACUUCCAAUUCAACACUUCGCAAACGAAAACUUUCGGACAUAUUGAACAAAUAUAAGCUAGAAAAUCCCUUCGAAGAAGGAACAGCUGAAUGGAAUAAAAAAGCAGAUGAGAAUAUACAAUGUCUGAGGAAACAAAUUGAGGAGCUGAAAGCAAAGCGUCCACGUUCAGUCUACAAUGGUCCACCAAUCGAAGUCGUGGUGCCUGGGCCAAUGGGGAAGUUGUUUGCUGAAAUGUCGAAGGAUGAUAAAAACAGUGUUAUCACGAUCCAAAGUGGACCUCUCCAAGGGCCUCCAUCGGAAUUUGAUCUGGAAUGUGAGAAAAUGCUUCCGUUGUAUUUUCCCAAUUAUAAUGACAGAGAUGUCAAAAACAACAACGAAGUAAUUGAAAUGGAAAAGAAAACCGGAGCUGAGUCCAAACCAGGACCGAUCCAAAACUAAAGCCGAAAUUUCAAAUCAACCAAAAAUGAUGACAAUGAAUAAAACAACAAUUCAUAUUAUACCAUGAAAAUGCAAUUUAUUUCAUUCGCGACUGUAAAAUAAAGUUGAUUUGAAUUGAUCAGUGAGAAAUACAA